AUGUCCAUGUCCGUCGAAGAAUGCCAGGCGCCACGCGCCGGCUUCCCCAAACCCGUGCCGGACACACCCACAAACGUCAUGCAACAAUUCAGCAUGAAAGGCAAAGUCAUUGUGGUCAACGGCGCAGCCGAAGGAAUCGGUGGAGCCGUAGCCGACGCCAUGGCCGAAGCAGGCGGCAACGUAGCCCUGUGGUACAACUCCAACAGCGCAGCCAUAACCCGCGCGGAGAGCCUCGCAAAGACACACAACGUCAAGACAAAAGCCUACAGCGUGAACCAGAUCAACGCCGAGGCAGUCCAAAAAGCCGUGCAACAAGUAGUUGAGGACUUUGGCCGCAUCGACGUCUUCGUCGCCAACGCCGGCACAGGAGAUAGCAAGCCGCUCCUCGACCAAACCCUCGAUAGCUACCACAACCUCAUGAAAGUCAACGUCGACGGCCCCGUUUUCUGCGCCAAGUACGCCGGCGAGGUAUUCAAAAAGCAAGGCUUCGGCAACUUGAUCCUCACCAGCUCCAUCUCCGCGCACAUUGUCAAUGUACCCAUCGACCAACCCAUCUACAACGGUACAAAAGCGUUUAUCUCGCAUUUGGGCAAGUCGCUGGCGAGGGAGUGGAGGGAGUUUGCGAGGGUCAACAUUGUGAGCCCGGGGUUCUUUGAUACGAAGAUGGGGGCUGGGCCGCAGGUUAUUAAUGAGGGGUUGAGGAUGAUUCCGCUGGGGAGACAGGGUAAUGUCAAGGAGAUUAAGGGGUUGUUUUUGUACUUGGGUAGUGAUGCGUCGAGUUAUAUGACAGGAAGCGAUUGUAUUAUUGACGGUGGGUAUGUACUGCCAUAG